CUCUCCUCUCUCUCUCUCUCUCACUGUCUCUCUCUCACUCUCUCUCUUUCUUUUUUUUUUUUUUGACAAAAGGUUUUCAAUUACUCUCUCUGUUUCUUUACUUGUUCAUCUUCUUUCUUUUCAUUUUGCUGUUUAUACGCUAUCUAUCCCCUCUUGAAUAUGACUCCAGAAAUUCCAAAGCAAGGAGAAGCCUUCAUAACCCGCUUCACUCAAAAAUAUGAAGACUGGGUCAAUAACCGCAACAUAAACCAUGAAGAUGUUCCCAAAAGAAACUAUCUCUCUGCAGGAGCUUUGAACAAGAGAAAGGGGGAGCCAGAUGAAAAUGAUCGCGUGGAAACCAAUUCUGAACUUCCAGGCCAUAAAAUCCAUGGUUUCGACAACGAGAUCAAGUCCUUGAAGAACUUCUUGCUGGACCACAAGGUCUACAAUGAGUUCAAGAGUCUUGUGGUCGUAGGAGAAUACGGUGUGGGGAAGACAGCUUUGUGCAAGACCAUCUUCAAUGAUGAAGAUGUGAAGAGUGUUUACGCUCCAAGAAUCUGGGUGUCUAUGCAUAGCAUUGAACGGUCUGAAGAGAGACUUGAUGGGAAGAUAUCUGUUUUAAAGAAGAUCUUGACGGUUCUUGGAGUUGAAGUUUCUAUAUUGGACAAGAUCAAAAAAGAUGCGGUAGAUGAGUGUAAGAGCAAUGAUGGAGAGAGUGCCAAGGAGAAGGAGUUAUCUGCUCUGCUCUAUGCACUUCACUUGAACCUGAGGUGGAAGAAGUAUCUGAUAGUGUUUGAUGAUGUGCGAGAAGAGGACAACUGGAACGAGAUGCUUCAAGACGAUGUGGAGAAGCUCAAGAAGGAUAAGAGAUGGGGAAAGUAUCUUUCAGAUGGAUUCCCUAAAGGGUCUGGUGGAAGAGUCAUAUACACGACCAGGGAUGAGAACAAGAACCUGGCCAAGAAGCUAGUGGCAGAGGAACAUGAGAUACAUCGUCUUUGGCCUCUGACUGAUUCUCUGAGUGUCUGGAGGAUAUAUGAUGAAGCACGCAUUGAGAACGGGGAAGAUGAUCCUCCUAGGAACGACAAGAAAUGCAUUGAAGAGCUUAUGAACAAGUCUCGUGGUCUUCCUCUAGCUGUUAGACUAUUGUCCACGCUACUUCCCGUGUUUCUUGACGAUGAAAACACUGAGCAGAACGGUUCUAUCCACGGCUCAGACAACACCACCACUGCAGAAGAGAAUGGAACUACUCAACCUCCAACAGCCUGAGAAGAUUGAAGAGCUUGCCUUUUUUUUUCUUUGUUUCUUGUUUCUGUUUCUUUGGUUUGAUGUUGUCUGUAUGUCUCUCAGUUGUAUCAAUAAUCCAGAAUCUCUAACUAUGUUUCUGGAGCUUAGUGUCUGAGUGUGUUGAGCUUUUAACUGAAGAAGCAAUAAGAGAUUGUUCCUUCUUCUCUA